AUGAGUGGAAAACUAGGAGGAGAAGGCAAAGUUGUACAAAUCGACGAAUCUCUGUUUAGAGGUCGUCGAAAGUACAACCGUAACAGAUUGCUUCUUGAUGAUUUUAUGGAGAGUCUUGAUGAUGCUCGCUGUAAAAAUAAUUAUGGUGAACGUGUUAAUGGACCAUGGGUUUUUAGCAUGGCUGAAGAGGGAUCCAGGAAGGUCAAAAUGUUUGUUGUGGAAAAGAGAGAUCGUGAUUCUCUGCCACCUCUCCUACUUGAACACGUGGAUAAGAAUAGUAUUAUCCACGGUGAUGGUUGUAAAGCUUAUUCCGGACUAAGUACUAUGUUUGACGACCAUAAGGUCGUUAAUUAUUCAGAAAAUUUUGUUGACCCCAAUACUCGUUGCCAUAUUCAAUUAAUUGAGUGUAUUUGGGGUCAAGCAAAAUUGAAGAUAAUAAAGAAUAAGAGGGGAACUACCCUUACAAUGUUACAAAGCCAUUUGAGCUUUUUCUGUUUCUAUUAUCAUUUUAAUGAAGAAUCUUUUAAAAAUUUUUUAAAAACAAUAGGAAACAAUAGUUAA